AAUUCACAAAAAAGUGUCUAGUGUUUGAUAAUGAAAACAAGGGGAAUCAGGAAGUAGAGGUCUUAUCUCGAAGAAGGGAGCUUAGAAAAAGAGGUUACAUAAAUUACACUGAAUCAGAUGUGGAAACAAAUUCGGAAUCAGAUUAUGUUGAAAAAACAUCAAAAAAGUUAAAUA